GGAGCAGAUCAAGCGUCAAGCCGGUAAGGGCCUCCAACCUCGGCGCCGUCACUGGACGGGCAACUCCUCACUCCCGACGGACUUUCGUGCACGCAUGAUCUACUAGUUGGCUGUUUGAGGAGAUUGCUCCAAGCUGCUGCGGGCAAUGUGCAGAUGUCCUGAAGUGGUGCUGUUAGAUUUCCAACGUCACGGAUGGAGUGGGCUUUGACGCAGGAUGUCACGGCGGUGGCAUCCGAGUCACUCCAGCCCGACGCGAACACGGCAGCGGCACAGGCAACGGACUGCACCAGCCGAAUGUCUCCCAAUCGAAGUGAGCUGGCGGGACACGUUCAUGACUCCAGCUCAAUGUCGACGCUUCAACGACAGCAGCAACCAGCACACUUCACGCUUCGCCAACAACCCCCCUUUCCCGAUCCGAAUCCACCCCUUCCCCACGCAACCCUGGCAGUCACAAACCCGAGCAUCAACCACCGAGCCACCCUACGAGCAGCACGUACACCAUCACCCCACCACGCAGGUCACCAACGCACGCCCUCCACUGAACACACCAAUCACCCCCACCAUCAACCUCCCAUAGAACUCCAUGCACGAUACCCCCAUCAACCAAACCAAAACCCUUGUUCUCUGUCUGUCACCGAUUCACCGAGACGCCAUGCAUAGCGAAAUGUGGGAGGCAACGUUUGUUUCCUCUUGCCCUCUUUUGUUUCUUGGACGCAUAGAAAUCAGGGCGGGGUAUAUGACUACUCCGUCGGCGCGCGCAGGAGACUAGACUUUCCAAUCAAAGAUUUCUUAAAAGCCGCCCAUGCACAUAUUGGAAUCAGGUUAAUGACAUGUAUAACGCUCGACACCCCCGCCUGAUAUGUAUGCUAUGUACGCUCACUCACGCCACCCAGGUGUCCAACACCACUCCCAAGAUGGUAGAAAACUCCUACAUCCUCCGGCCCCUGGGGUCCAUCGCCUCCUCGCGCCGGUAGUCGCGCUGCUCCUUGGUGCCCAUACUGCCCACCC